UCAAAUAGAAAGAGAAGAAAGCGACACGUGGCCCUAGUUUCCCUGUAGGUGGAAAGAAAAAACUGUUAUAUAUGGUGUGCCUCCUUGACUCAGCCACCAACCAUGGCACCCUAACCAUUCAAUCCUCUCACCAACAACUUCAUCAUUCUCCACCCAUUUCCAUUUUCUCUCACUCUCUAACAUACACCACUGCAAACACAGUAUUACACUUCACUCACAGUCACUGUGCGUGUACCGCUACUCCCACUUGCAUAAAUCACACAGUAGCAACCCCAACAGUACAUGAUCCACGCCACACCAUGGCUUCCGCCUGCGUCAACAACAUGGGACUCGUCCCGCCGCCCGAGAACUUCUCCUACGGCAGCUGGCUCAGUCCCCGUCUCUCAUUCAGCAAAGAGGAACCUUCUGGAUCCAAGUCAUCAGACCCGAUCCACGACCCGGAUCCAGAACCCGACUUCGAGUUCCGCGGUCUCGACGGACCCCCCGCUGCGAUGCUCUCCGCCGACCAGCUCUUCUCCGACGGGAAGCUCGUACCCCUCAACCUACCAUCCCUAAACAGCACCACCACUACCAACCACAAAAACAACCCCUCCUCAUCGCCGGAAACAACCAACAUUCGCCGGAGACUCGAUUCCUCCUCCUACUCCGCGGCCGGCGACUCACUCACCGGCGCGGAUCCUUACCUCUUCUCUCCUAAAGCCCCGAGAUGCUCUAGCCGCUGGAGGGAGCUCCUCGGCCUCAAGAAGCUCUACCAAAGCACAACCGUUUCAUCUAAAGCGACGACGUCGUCGUCUUCGUCAUCUAAAUCAUUGAAACUCUUCCUCCACCGUGGCGCCGCCUCGAAAACGACGUCGUUUUCCUCCGAAAACGCGCCGUUGCUGACGAAGGACCAUUCAGAUUGUGAAUCCCUCUCAAUCUCUUCCUCACGCCUCUCUCUAUCAUCCUCUUCCUCGGGCCACGAGCACGAAGAGCUUCCACGACUCUCAUUAGACUCCGAAAAACCAAACCCUAACACAAACCCGAACCCGAUCUCGCUCCAUCGGAACCCGAACCACCCACGGAUCCGGCUCGUAAAGCCCCGGGCGAACUCAUUCGACGCGAAACCGGGAUCUUCGGACCCGCACACGACGAACCGGGUUGGCCGGAGCCCGAUCCGAAGAUCAGAAUCGGGUCCCGGAGCUUGCAGUAGGGGCGUGUCGGUGGACAGCCCGCGGAUGAACUCUUCUGGCAAGAUCGUGUUCCAGAGCUUGGAACGGAGCUCAAGCAGCCCAAGCAGCUUCAACAAUGGCGGCCCAAGGUUCAAGCAGAGGGGAAUGGAGCGGUCCUACUCCUCCAACGUUAGGGUCACUCCAGUUCUCAACGUUCCGGUCUGUUCUCUCCGUGGCAGUUCGAAAUCCGGUUCGGUUUUCGGGUUCGGGCAGCUUUUCGGUUCACCACAGAAGAAAGAAGGUGGUUCAGUUGGCAAUAAUAAUGUUGGAGGAGGGAGUAAGGGUAGGAACCGUUGCGAUCGAAAUUGAGUCAAAUGACACAAAACAAAGAAAAGUAAAUGAAAAGAAAAGGCGAAAAGAGAGGGUAACAGUUGCUUAGGGUUUAAUUUUUAUUUUGAUCCUUUUUUCUGGUCCUUUUUUUUGUUACUUCUACUAAUUAAUCUGUGUUGUUUUUUUGGUUCUUCUAAUGUUUGGAAUGGAGAUAUUGCAGGGUAUUGGUGAUUGAUUCGGAGAGGGGGAAGGGACUAGUUGCUUUUUUUUUGGUUGUUUUUAAUUAACAGGAGCCUUAGAUUCAUGUAAAUAAUGGUCAAUUUUAGAUGAUGCUGAUAAUUAUGAUGAUGUUUUUCCUGUUUUUGUUUCUAACUUUGUUGAGAUUUUUCCAGUGCAAUUCUAUGGCUGCUGCUUGUAAUUUUUUCUGACCAGGAACACAUGGAAUGGAAUCUACAAAUUCUCUUUUGCUCUUUCUUUUUGCUAA